AUGGUGGAAGCAGAUAGGCCUGGGAAGCUGUUUAUAGGCGGGCUCAAUGCAGAGACCGACGAAAAGACUCUUGAAGCUGUGUUUGAGAAAUAUGGCCCCAUAGUAGAAGUUCUUCUAAUGAAAGAUCGGGACACAAACAAGUCCAGAGGCUUUGCCUUUAUUACUUUUGAGAACCCUGCAGAUGCAAAGGUUGCUACCAAAGACAUGAAUGGGAAGUCUUUGGAUGGAAAAACAAUCAAAGUAGAGCAAGCCAACAAACCGUCUUUUGAAAGUGGUGGUAGGCGUAGGCCACCACUUCCAAGGAGCAGGGGCCCGCCGAGAAGUCUGAGAUGUGGAAGAGGAGGAAGUGGAGGAGCAAGAGGGUAUCCUUCACGUGGAGGACGCUUGGAUGAUGGUGGAUAUUCUGUUAACAUGAGCUCUUCUAGGGGACCAUUUCCAAUUAAAAGAGGUCCGUCUUCAAGAAGUGGAGGUCCUCCUCCUAAAAGAUCUACUCCUUCUGGCCCAGUGCGAAGCAGUAGUGGGAUGGGAGGACGAGGUCCAAUAUCACGUGGGAGAGAGAAUUAUGGAGGUCCUCUGCGCAGAGAGCCAGUGUCAUACCGGAGAGAUGACUAUAUGUUACCAAGAGGUGAUAGGUACAGUACCAGAGAUAGUUAUUCAGGCAGAGAUUAUCCAAGUUCCCGAGACAGCAAGGUUUAUGCUCCACUAGUUAGAGACUACACCUACCGUGAUUAUGGCCGUUCUGGUUCUCGGGGUGAACAUUACUCUACUGGAUACAGUGUUCGUGAUGCCUAUGGUGGGGGCCGUGAUAGAGACUAUCCUGGACAUCUGAGUGGAGGCUCUUACAGAGAUUUGUAUGAAAGUUAUGGUAGCUCACGUGGUGCACCACCUGCAAGAGGACCCCCUCUGACUUACGGGGGAAGCAGUCGCUAUGAUGAUUAUAGCAGUACUCGGGAUGUAUAUGGUGAAAGCCGAGAAAGUUAUUCAAGCAUCCGAAGUGAUAUCUACUCAAGUGGUCGUGAGCGUAGUGGUAGACAUGAACGAGGGCUUCCAUCUACUGUGGAUAGGGUAUAUCCUGCUUCUCGUGAAUCAUAUAGUAGCUCAAGUUGUGGGGCUUCAAGAGAGGGUCAUGGGGGAAGCCGAUCGGAGAGAGGAGAGCGAAGCAGAUAUUAA